AUGACUUUCCGCCUUCUUGACGUGGCCAAGUUCUUCACGGCGUUUGUGCCGGAAAUCGAAUUCCCCGAUGAAGCCAUUUCUCUAGAUGAAAAAGUCAUCUACACCAUCGGAGCAGGCAUCAUCUUCGUGUUGGCCCAAUUGCCCACGUACCUGCUUGUCAAGGACGCCUCGCAGGCUAUGGCCGACCCUUUUUCCACCUUGAGGCCGCUUUUCGCCAUGGAGCAGGGCACCUUGUUGGAAUUGGGUCUUUUGCCUGUGGUGCUUUCUGGAUUUAUCUGGCAGUUGGCUGCUGCUGGCAAGUUGCUCAAGGUCAACUUCAACUAUGCUUACGACAGAGAGUUGUUCCAGACGGCGCAGAAGGUCACGGCCGUUUUCUUUGGCGCUGUUUUCGCCUUGGCUUUGCUCUUCCUGGGCUACUACGACAAUGUCAUCAAGAACUACACCCCCGGCGGCGAAAACUCGCCCUACGGCGCCUACGUGUUGAUUUUCUUGCAGACGGUCGGCACCACGUUCUUUUUGACCUUGAUUUCUGAGGUUAUCGACAAAGGUUACGGCUUUGGCUCUGGUGUGUUGUGCUUCAUUGCUUUGCACGCUGCUUCGGGCCUUGUCAGAGACGUGGCCGGUUUGGAAAUGGUCUCUGCUGCGCCUGGCGAGGCUCCUCAGACCUACGGUGUCGUCACCUCCUUGGCCAAAACCCUCGUGACCUUGGACUUCGGUGCCAUCAAGACCUCCUUGGUGGGCUUGUUCUUCAGACCCAACUUCCCCACCAUCGGCUCCGUUUUGCUUGUUUUGGCUGCUGCCCUCACCACCAUCUACUUGCAGAACUUCCGUUUCGAGAUUCCCGUCAGAUCCAACAGAGCCAGAGGUGCUGCUAACGUGUACCCUCUCCGUUUGUUCUACACCGGUGCCUUGCCUGUGUUGUUUGCCUUUUCCGUGCUUGCCGCUGCCCAAAUCACCCUCUACUUUGUUUCCGUGUUUGUGGCUCCAGUGAACCCUCUUGUGGCUUCCAUUGUUGGCUCCUACGCUGAGUCCGGCAAGGUCCAAAACGGCAUUGCCUUCUACUUGACCGCUCCUUCGUCCGUGGUUGAGUCUGCUUUCUCGCCAAUCAGAGCCGUGGUUUUCUCUACUCUCGUGGUGGUUUUGUCUGUCUCUUUUGCUAGAACCUGGGCUUUCUCCUCUGGCUCCUCUCCAAAGGAUAUCGCCAAACAGUUCAAGGACCAGAGCAUUGUCAUUGCAGGUAAGAGAGACGCUUCUGUCGCCAGGGAGUUGACCAAAACCGUCUCCAGUGCUGCCACCACCGGUGCUGUUCUUUUGAGUGCUGUGGCUCUUACCGGAGAGUUGCUCGGUUCCUCCGGCAAGACCGUGGCUGUUGUUGUUGGAAUCUGCUCUGCUUUUGCCGUUUUGGAGGACUUCAUGAUGGAGUUCCAGCAGGGCGGCGGCUCCAACUCCCAGCUUGUCAACGCCAUUGCUUCCUACCAGUAA